UGAUUUGACAAUUUAACAUUGACAAAGCGACUCUGAAACUGGGAAAUAAUUUAUUUCAAAUAAACAUCACAAACUAAAAAGAGAUUAUGAUAAAAAUAACCUCUUUCAUUACAAUUUCGGGAUUUUCGGCAGUCAUCAAUAAGCACAUAAUAAAAUAGAUAAUGUCAACUGAAAAUGAAUCUACAGAUCAAAAUGCCGCGGAUCAAAAAGCUAGAGCUAUCCUCAGGGAAAGGUUUUUAAGAGCAGUUAGCCAAUUUAGCGGCAAACCUUGCAGUAUGCUCACAUACGAACAUUCAAAAUUAAAUGGCACAUUCACAGCCUGGAAACCAGAUGGUUCUGAUAUUCUUGUGAGCGACUUACAAACUCCUGCAGGUAUUGUCAUUCCUGCAGCAUUGUUACGUACACCUGAUAUACUUGCUAUACAUUUUGAAGGUCCUAUCCAGUGACAAAAUCUAGAUUUAGUACAUUUAGCAUGUAAAUUUGUGAUUAAUCUAUUGGUUAUUUAAAUUUUUAUCAGUUAAACUUAAGUUAGAUUUAAAUUUUUGUAUUCAUAAAGUACAUAUUAAAGUUAAAUUGAUAUUUUUUAUUUAAAUAUUUUUUAUUACAUUAUUGUAAGUAAAAAUAAAACAAUUCUUAAACCUACCAACCAAACAAGCUUCAAAACUUUUUGUCAGAAUAACAAAUUCUAAUAAAAUAAAUAUAAGUUACUACUAAGCUACCUAUCUUUUUUUAAACCCAAAAUGAUUUAGGAUGGAUACCUAUAGGUAUUUAUAUUUAUCUAUGAACCCAUUAAAAUAUUACAGAGUAACUAAAAUAGCUUCAGUACAAGGAUGCUAUUAUAUUCUAUACCUAUGGUGAUUUAAGUAAUAAUUCAAUACCUGAUUGUUUAUGAUUAGUGUCCGACCGAAGGUCUAUUUUUGGCCGAAGCCGAAGCCGAAGCCGAUUAAUCGGCUAUCGCCACAACCUUCGGCCGAAGCCGAAGCCGAAGCCGAAGGUUUAUAUUCUCUCAGCACUCAGUAAUUAAUUUUGUUCAAUAUUGUCUACAAGCUACAAUUAAUAUUAAAAUCAUUUCAAAACCUCAAUAUUGAAGGUUUAUAUAUUGACUGUCUCAUAUAGAAGUUGAUGAUAUAUCAUAGAGGUGGUUGGUUUAGAGAUAAACUAGCUGUUGCCCGCGACUUCGUCCGCGUAAAUUUCGAGUUGAAUUUUAAUCAUACAGUCAGAUACAGACAGACAAAAAAUGUAAAAAAAAAUUCUCUAU